CAGUUCCAACUAAAUUCCGACAUUUGAUUGUUGUCUUCCCCUCAGUGGAGCAGUGCUCCGGACCGUAGAUUGAACAGUAUAUGCAUUCCCCCCUCUUUCGCGCUUCCCGCACUUGUUCGUACACGGAAAUUCCUCGGUCUCUCACUUACUAAUUUUCCCUCUCAAAAUCCCCCACGUCCGACAAUAACGGAAGUAUUCAACUCCUGAAUUGUGGGAUUCUCUACUCUGAUAGAGCCCUAACUCUUACUCCCAAUCAAAACCCCCAUUUGUCAAAUCCUAGGGCUUUGAUUCCCUCCAAAACCCCCCAAAAUGCCGUCCCUGCCCGCCUCAGGCAAAAUCCUCCGUCUGGAACUGGAGAAUUUCAAAUCCUACAAAGGCCACCAGAUCAUCGGCCCUUUCUACGACUUUACGGCCAUAAUCGGGCCCAAUGGCGCCGGAAAGUCUAAUCUAAUGGAUGCUAUAAGUUUUGUCCUUGGUGUACGUACUGGUCAGCUCCGUGGAGCUCAGUUGCGUGACCUCAUUUACGCGUUUGACGACCGCGAAAAGGAGCAGAGGGGACGUAGAGCGCACGUCAUGCUUGUGUACCAACUGCCUGACGGGUCGGAGAUUGAAUUUACUCGGUCAAUUACGACUGCUGGUGGCAGUGAGUACAGGAUUGGGGACCGAGUUGUGAAUUGGGAUGAGUACAAUGCGAAGUUGAGGUCACUUGGUAUCCUUGUCAAAGCACGGAAUUUCCUUGUCUUUCAGGGAGACGUGGAGUCUAUUGCUUCUAAAAAUCCUAAGGAACUGACAGCCCUUAUUGAGCACAUCUGUGGCUCUGAAGAAUACAAGAGGCUGUAUGAAGAGCUGGAAGUAAAAAAGGCUGAAGCUGAUGAAAAGGCUGUGCUUGCUAAUCAGAAAAAGAAAACCAUUUCAGGAGAGAAAAAGCAGAAGAAGCUGCAGAAAGAGGAGGCUGAAAAGCAUCUCAAAUUGCAAGAACAAUUGAAAUCCUUGAAGCAGGAACAUUAUCUUUGGCAGCUGCUGAAUAUAGAGAGAGAUAUUGAAAAAGCUGAUGAGGACCUGGAAGUUGAAAAGAAUGGUCUGAGAGAAAUUUUGCAUGAACUGGAUAAUUAUGAAGCUGAAGCAAGGAAAAAGAAUAAAGAACAAGCUGGUUAUUUAAAAGAGAUUCAACUAUGUCAGCGGAGGAUUGCAGAGAAACAGAAUAGACUUGAUAAUCAAUCUGAGCUUGUAAGGUUAAAGGAGGAGAUAACUCGUUUAACAUCAAAACUAAAAAGUACGAGUAAGGAGCUGAGUAAGAAAAAAGAAGAAAAAAGGAGGCACCUGGAUGAGGUCGUGAAACUUGAGAAUGACUUGAGGGAUGUGACUAAGCAACUUGAAGAGUUGCGUGAAAAAAGCCAGGAUGCUGGGGGGAAGCUUCAGUUAGUUGACAGUGAAUUGGAGACAUAUCACCAGAUUAAAGAGGAGGCUGGUAUGAAAACUGCAAAAUUAAAGGACGAGAAAGAGGUUUUAGACAGACAACAAAAUGCAGAUAUUGAAGCACAGAAGAAUUUGGAAGAAAAUAUUCAGCAGUUGGAAAAUCGAAAGCAGGAACUGGAAUUGCAGGAGAAACAAAUGCAAACUAGACUCAAGAAAAUUCUUGAUGCGGUUGGAAAGCAUAAGGAAGAUCUCACGAGAGUGCGGAAGGAACAACGUGAGAUGAAAGAUAAGCUUGUAGACUCUAGGAGGAAAUAUGAUAUGUUGAAGGCAAAAAUUAGUGAUUUAGAUAAUCAGUUACGGGAAUUGAAGGCUGAUAGACAUGAAAACGAGAGGGAUGCCAGGUUGUCUCAGGCAGUUGAAACCCUCAAACGCCUCUUUCCUGGUGUUCAUGGUCGCAUGACUGAUCUCUGUCGGCCAACACAAAAGAAGUAUAACCUUGCUGUCACUGUUGCCAUGGGCAGAUUCAUGGAUGCAGUAGUAGUUGAGGAUGAACAUACAGGAAAGGAAUGCAUCAAGUAUUUGAAAGAACAGAGGCUUCCCCCACAGACGUUUAUACCUCUACAGUCAGUGCGCGUGAAGCCAGUUAUAGAGAAGUUGCGCACCUUGGGUGGAACUGCGAAGCUGGUCUUUGAUGUCAUACAAUUCGACCGUGUGCUGGAAAAAGCUAUUUUGUUUGCUGUUGGAAACACCUUGGUUUGUGAUGAUCUUGAUGAAGCUAAGCAUUUGAGCUGGAGCGGACAGAGAUUCAAAGUUGUGACCACUGACGGGAUCUUAUUGACCAAAUCUGGUACAAUGACUGGUGGUACCAGUGGUGGUAUGGAAGCACGUUCACAUAAAUGGGAUGACAAGAAAAUUGAAGGACUUAAGAAGAAAAAAGAAGAUCUGGAGACCGAAUUGGAAAAGCUUGGGUCAAUAAGAGAAAUGCAGCUUAAGGAGUCUGAAGCAUCUGGCAAAAUUAGUGGCCUUGAAAAGAAGAUUCAGUAUACAGAAAUUGAGAAGAAAAGUAUUGAAGACAAACUGAAUAAAUUGAAGGUGGAGAAGCGCAAUAUUGAAGAUGAAAUUGACCGUGUUAAGCCUGAACUUCAAAAGUUGGAAAAUGUUAUCACCACAAGGUCAUCAAAGAUCCUAUCACUAGAAAAGAGGAUCAAUGAUAUUGUUGACCGAAUCUACAAGAAAUUCAGCGAGUCUGUUGGUGUAAAAAACAUUCGUGAAUAUGAAGAAAACCAUCUGAAGGCGAUUGAGCAGAUAGCUGCAGAAAGAUUCAACUUGCACAACCAGCAAUCAAAGCUCAAAUAUCAGUUGGAGUAUGAAAAGAAACGAGACGUGGGUUCACGUAUUGCUAAGCUGGAAUCCACAAUUGCUAACUUAAAAAAUGCUUUGAAAGAGGUAGAGAAAAAGCAGAAUGAAUUGAAGUCAGCACUAGAGACGGCAAAUGCUGAGAUUGAAGAUUUAAAGGAAGAAGUACAAGAGUGGAAAUCAAAAGCAGAGGAGUGCGAAAAGGAUAUCCAGGCAUGGAAGAAAAAGAUCUCUGCUGCUACAUCAAAUAUUACCAAGCACAAUCGUCAAAUCAAGUCUAAGGAGACCUUGAUAGAGCAACUAAAGUUGCGGAAGCAGGAGAUACUGGAGAAGUGUGAAAUGGAACAGAUACAGAUUCCAACACUUGCUGACCCCAUGGAUGCUGACUCAUUAUCUGCAGAGCCGGUUUUUGAUUUUAGUACACUGAGUAGAUCUCUUCAGCAGAAGUCAAAACCAUCCGAAAGGGAGAAGAUUGAAGCAGAAUUCUCGCAGAAAAUCACUUCCUUGAUAUCUGAAAUUGGAAGAAGCACCCCCAAUCUAAAGGCACUGGAUCAGUAUGAGGCUGUAUUGGAGAAGGAAAGAGCUGCAACCAAAGAGUGGGAGGCAGCCAGAGAUGAACAGAAUGGAGUAACUGCUGAAUACAACAAGGUUAAGCAGAUGAGGCAUGAAUUAUUUAUGGAAGCUUUUAACCACAUCUCGGGUAACAUCGACAAAAUAUACAAUGAACUCACAAAGAGCAAUACGCACUCGGUCGGUGGGAUGAGCAGUACCCAUGCAGUGGGUGGAACUGCAUAUCUGAAUUUGGAGAACCCAGAUGAGCCAUACCUGUAUGGCAUCAAGUACAGUGCCAUGCCACCUACGAAGAGAUAUCGGGACAUGUCACAACUAUCUGGUGGUGAGAAGACUGUUGCGGCGCUUGCAUUACUCUUCUCCAUCCACAGUUUCAGGCCGUCGCCAUUUUUUAUAUUGGAUGAAGUGGAUGCUGCAUUAGAUAACUUAAAUGUUGCCAAGGUUGCUAGUUUUAUCCGAUCAAAAUCUUGUGGAGGAGCAAGGCUGGACCGAUUUGGAUCUGGUUUUCAGAGCAUCGUGAUCUCGCUCAAGGAUAAUUUUUACGACAAAGCUGAAGCUUUGGUUGGUGUUUAUCGGGAUUCGGACAGAGGCUGCUCGCGGACAUUGACCUUUGAUUUGACAAAAUACCGUGAAUCAUGAGGAAACUUAACACUGCUUCGGCCUGUAGAUCUCUCUGAAGCCCAUACAAUGUUGGAAAUGUACUUAUAAGCAAAAUAACUGAGGUUUGUGUAUGCAGUAGUAGGAUGUACAUUGAUCAGAUGUUAGUAGUUAGUAGUUUUUAGUCAGGGUUUCCAGGUGCUAAGUCAUUUUAUCCCAUGUAGAGAUCAACCCAGAAACAUACUAUAUUUUGUUUUCACCGCUAUCCCUCGUUUUCUUAUCCCAACAACAGUGGAAUCACACCGACAAAAGAUUACACCUCUUUUCAAAUUCUAAGUUAAACUGCGGCCUUGAUUGCUGUAAAUA